AUGCAGUACGAAGCCAGCGGGAGCUACAAAGCCGGCUCGCCGCAGAAGUCGCCCAUCCGGAAGCCUCACCCCUUCCUGCAGUCGCCCAAGCAAGGUUCCAACUCGCCCUACCAGCAGUUGGUGCUCACCAAACAGAAGUGUCCCGACCGCUUCAUGAGCCUGGAGUACAGCCCUGCCGGCAAGGAGUAUGUCAGGCAACUGGUCUACGUCGAGCAGUCGGGCUCCAGCCCCAAGAUGAAGACGGGCUUGAGGCACAAAUAUUCCCCCAACCCCAUCGGUGGCUCCUACUCGCUGCAGCACAGCCCCUGCCUGGUCAGGGACCAACGCCUGGAGAUCAAAUCGGGUGACUACAGCAGCAUGGAAGGCCCCGACUUCUGCCCCGGCCCAACGGGUGGCCAGGUGGCCCAGGGUGAGGACUCCAUGUCGUGGUCCAGCCAGCAGGACACCUUGUCCUCCACCGGCUACUCGCCCUCCACCAGGAAGAGGAAAAGCCGAAAGCCUUCCCUAUCCCACGACCCCAACGCCUCCUCCACGGAUGGCUCAGGGGAGCGGGAGGUGUUGGGCGAGCAGAUGCUGGGUGAGGACCCAGCCACCCCGGGCCCCAACAGGUCACCGAUGAACCGUACGGAGAGCAAGGCGGCGGAGGCGGAGGCAGCACGGGGCUUCCCCGAGCCCUUCCUGGCCCAGGCGCGCCUGGCUUGGGAAGCCCAGCAAGCCCACUACCACAUGAAACAACGGAGCAGCUGGGAUUCCCAAAAGGACGGUUCGGGCUACGAGAGCGACGGCGCCCUUCCGUUACCCAUGCCAGGGCCGGUGGUGCGAGCCUUCAGCGAGGACGAGGCCUUGGCCCAGCAGGAGAACAAGCACUGGAAGAGGAACACCUUCGAGAAGCUGGUAACGCAGCCCCUGGUGUUUCAUGGCACGGCGCCUUCGUCAGAGGACCUCGGUGCCUGCGCCCAGUUCGAGAGCAGCAGACAGACCAGGAACAUGAUGCCUAGCGCCAGCUGUGUCUUCCCCACCUUCAACCUGCGGAAGCCCUCCUCGGAGACGGACAUUGAGAACUGGGCCUCCAAGCACUUCAACAAGCACACCCAAGGGCUCUUCCGUCGGAAGGUGUCCAUUGCCAACAUGCUGGCCUGGAGCAGCGAGUCCAUCAAGAAACCCAUGAUCAUGACCAACGACCGCAACGUCAAGAAAGAGGCGUGCGAGAUCUUUAAACUGAUUCAGAUGUACAUGGGGGACCGCCGGGCCAAGACGGACCAACUCAACGUGGCCUUGGAGAUCGCCACCAAAGGCUGGAGCAUGCAGGGGCUGAGAGACGAGCUCUACAUCCAGCUCUGCCGGCAGACCACCGAGAACUUCCGUUACGAGAGCCUGGCCCGGGGCUGGGAGCUCAUGGCCAUUUGUUUGGCCUUCUUCCCACCCACACCCAAAUUCCAUUCCUACCUUGAAGGAUACAUUUACAGGCACAUGGAUCCGGUGAACGACACGAAAGGGGUGGCCAUCAGCACCUACGCCAAGUACUGCUACAACAAGCUGCAGAAGGCGGCGCUGACGGGCGCCAAGAAGGGCCUGAAGAAGCCCAACAUCGAGGAGAUCCGUCAUGCCAAGAACGCCGUCUUCAACCCUUCCAUGUUCGGCAGCUCCCUGCAGGACAUCAUCGCCAUGCAGAAGGAGCGCUACCCCGACCGGCAGCUGCCCUGGGUGCAGACCCGCCUCUCCGAGGAGGUCCUGGCGCUCAAUGGGGACCAGACUGAGGGCAUCUUCAGAGUCCCCGGUGACAUCGACGAGGUCAACGCGCUCAAGCUGCAGGUGGACCAAUGGAAGAUCCCUACCGGCUUGGAGGACCCCCACGUUCCCGCCUCCCUGCUGAAGCUCUGGUACCGGGAGCUGGAGGAACCGUUGAUCCCCCACGAGUUCUACGAGCAGUGCAUCACCCACUACGAGAACCCCGAGGCGGCCAUCGCCGUCGUCCACUCUCUGCCCAGGAUCAACAAAAUGGUGCUGUGCUACCUCAUCCGCUUCCUACAGAACCAAGAGGUCUACGUGGUCCCUCCACCCAACUCCCACCACCACCUUCUUCCUUAG